AACAACUAGUCUAUAUCAUGGUUGGUCUUGCUGUAAGAGAAGAACAACUGAUUUUUCUGAUUUUUUAAGCAUUGUAGGUUGUACAAAAGGUAAACAUAAUAGUGAAAAGCCACCUGAGCCCGUUAAACCUGAAGUCAAGACUACUGAGAAGAAGGAACUAUCUGAAUUGAAGCCCAAAUUUCAGGAGCACAUCAUUCAAGCCCCUAAACCAGUAGAAGCAAUAAAGAGGCCAAGCCCAGAUGAACCAAUGACAAAUUUGGAAUUAAAAGUAUCCGCCUCCCUAAAACAAGCACUUGAUAAACUUAAACUAUCAUCGGGGAAUGAAAAAAGCAAAGAAGAAGACGGUGAUGAAAUUAAGAUUGGGACCUCAUGUAAAAAUGGAGGGUGUUCAAAGACAUAUCAGGGUGUACAGAGUCUAGAAGAAGUCUGUGUAUAUCAUUCUGGAGUACCUAUAUUCCAUGAAGGGAUGAAAUACUGGAGCUGUUGUAGAAGAAAAACUUCUGAUUUUAAUACCUUCUUAGCCCAAGAGGGCUGUACCACAGGGAAACACAUGUGGACGGCUAAGGAUGCUGGGAAAAAAGUUGUUCCAUGUAGACAUGACUGGCAUCAAACUGGGGGUCAAGUCACCAUUUCAGUGUAUGCUAAAAAUUCACUUCCAGAACUUAGUCAAGUAGUAGCAAAUAGUACAUUGUUAAAUGUGCACAUUGUAUUUGAAGGAGAGAAGGAAUUUCAUCAAAAUGUGAAAUUAUGGGGUGUGAUUGAUGUAAAGCGAAGUUAUGUAACUAUGACUGCAACAAAGAUUGAGAUCACCAUGAGAAAAGCUGAACCUAUGCAGUGGGCAAGCCUUGAACUGCCUGCAACCAAAACCCAGGAAAAACAAAAAGAAGAUAAAACAGAAUGAACUGAGAGGAAAUAAAAACUUAUUACCUAUUUCAGAAUUCUUAAUGUGUGGUGAAGUGUUGGCUUGCUGCUGUAAUCUUUUUUUCUGUUGUUGUUGUUGUUGAAUCUGGCGUUUCAGGGUCAACGGUUGUAGGUUCUUAAAAGCCAAAGUCAGUUUAUCUUUUUGUGCCUCCCUUUUUUUUUUGAGUUACCUAAAAUUGAUUAUUCAUUUCUUCUCACUAAUAGAACUGUAGUUGUGUCCCAUACUUGAAGAAGCUAGAAAAUAGCUCAUAGAAUAGUUCUUAGUACAAUAUUAUGUUAAGCAGAGAAAUAUAAGGCAGAGAAAUAUAAGGUAACACUUGUUCACAUCUCUAUUAUUCCAUAAUUAGUAAAGCAAGGUGGAAUGUUAAAUUUUUAAUUAGUUUUUUCUUGAGUUUCUGUUUCUAUAUACUUGAAAAUCUUAAAAGAUAAAGCUCCACAAUGUUUUUUCCACUCGGGACGGUUACUUUCUGUAGGAGGACUAAUUCUAAAACUAUAGAGGUAUGAAUUUGGUUAAAAUUCAUUUUAUAAGACUAAGCAAUAAUGUUAAAUAUCUCCUGGUUAUUUAUAAGGUCUUGGUAUGGUGUUAUGGCUAAAUUGUAUCUGAAUCAUAGCCUACAUCCUCUUAAAUUUUUAAUUACAUAUAAAGAAAAAUUAAGUAUAUAUUUGGCUUUCCUGAUGGUAAACUGUAUAAAAUUCUAGAUUAAAAGGCUUAUGGGAAUACAUUAGAGUUUCAGAAAACUAAAUAUUUAGGCUUUGCUUUAUGACAAGUAUUACAUGUUAAAUAGCAUAAUUGUUUUAUAUUUUUUUUCAGCUUUCAUGAACAGUUUGACAAUUCUAGGUGAUACAGUGCUGAUUAUAUAUUGUACUUUAUUAAAUAGGUAUCACAGAAUUAGAUUGUUUAUGCUUAUUAAACACAUUAAAGGAUAGCUUACUUUUUGAGGUAGUUCAGAGCUUAUGAAGAAAAUGGAAAAUAUUAUGAAGGCCAAAACUCUUGGAGAAUUUUUUGGGCAUGAAUUAUGCUUACAUAGAUUAAAAUGAUUAUUUCCAAAGCCCCUUGAGUGUUUUUUUUCCUUGGGAUGAGUGGAAUUUUUGUAAUGGAAAAUUUGCAAAGGUACAAUUUUAAUUAAAGAGUUAGUAUAUGUCACUCUACUACCCUUAGCAAAUAACUAUUAGAUGUAAUUAUGUAAUUAAAUGGUUUAGCUCUGUUGCAAAAAACCUGUCGACUAGGCUUUCAUGAAAUACCAUGGCAAGAAAUUUUUGGCAGUAAAAAUUGUACCCAGCUAGAGUAUAUAAGUUUAUAGUGAAUUGUAUUUAAAAUUUUUUAAGUUAUAUUUUAUAAUUUAGGAACCUGGGUUCAUUUGGACAAUCUUUAUUGGGUGGAUCUUUAUUGUUUAAGGAAAAGUUGCUACUUAUUUUGAUUUGAGGUAAUGAUUAAUAUACUCUUUUUGUGUUUUCUUUGAGGCUAUUUUCCCUAAACAGUAUCUUAAUAUGUUCUGUUUGAUUGACCUAUUAUUUAAAGCAAGUGGAUUAUACACCUAAGAGUUAGUUACAAAGCACUGAGUUUUUUAUUGCUUUUGGAUACAGCUUAUGUAUUUAGUCUGAUUACAUUAGUGACACUUCUGUUAUUUCCAUGAACCUCUGAAUUUGUUGCCCAUAUAAAAACCUAAAUGACACUAGACACAUUUAUAAUUAGGUAAAAUAUGUUUUACUUUUUUCAGUCUGUCAAAAAAUUUAGAAAUGGCCAACUUUAUUAAAUUGUUUCUCUAGAAAUAUGCUUUAUCUUUCUCACAUUUAGGGUAAUUACUAUAGCAAAGCAGUCAAAGCUGGGUUUAUUAUAUAUUUGGUAACUAAUUCUAUAGCUGAACUAACGAUGGGAAACUUUUCUUGCCUAGCACAUUUGCUAGUGUAAAGUAAGUAUGGUCCUAAGAAGUUGAGGUUUUAUUUCUUUUAAACCUUAUUUUUAGAUAAGUUUAGAUUUACAGAAGUGUUGCAAAAAAAGUACAGAGUUCUUUAUGUGCUAUAUUAAUCUUCCCCUUAUGUUAAAAUCUUACCUAGAACAUUUACAAAACUAAAAUUAGUCUAUUAACGAAGGUAGGAAAUUAAUUUUGACCAUCUGUUUUUAGAGGAACACUGUUAAAGGGUAGUUCUUGAGACCUACCCUGGCUUUUGGUAAUAAUUUAAGCCAGGAAUUUAUAAACCAUUAAAAAUAUAAAUUGAAAUCAGUCUACCGUGGACAGAUGUUUAUAGGUCAAAGAUACAACUUCCUGUUCUAACCAUAUAUGGCAAAGGACUGUAAUGAUCUAUUUUAUUAAAGUUUAUAUUUUAUAUCAGAUUUUAAUUUUUAUUAUGUAUAACUUCUUUUGUUUGGUUUUCUUUAGAUAACUUUUCAGCCAUCUAAGGGUAAAGAGAACCUUAAAGAGUUCUUACAGAUACAUUAAGUGACUUUGUAUUAUUGCUCUGCUACCCUUUGUUUUUUUUAAAAAAAAUCAGUCAUUCCCGCCUGAAAAUGCUUGUCAUGCAUACACGCACAAUAAACUUUUUAAAAGCUCA